AUGGCACCACCCAAGGCUCUCCUCGCCACGCUGCUAUCAGCAAGCACAGCAGCGGCAGCGGCUUCGCUUUCGUCUUGCCCUGGAUACAAAGCGAGUAACAUCCAUCACGCUACCAAUGGAGUGACGGCGGACUUGACCCUCGCCGGCGAUGCCUGCAACGCCUAUGGCAAAGACCUCCAGGACCUCACCUUAACCGUCGAAUACCAGACCCCCGACCGCCUGCACGUUGUCAUCCAGGAUGCCGAGCAGCAAGUCUACCAGAUCCCCGAGUCCGUCCUGCCCAGGCCGCCGAAUAAGGCUUCUUCUGUCGACCAGAGCCAGCUGGAGUUCCGCUACGAAGAAAACCCCUUCUCCUUCUCCAUCGUCCGCAGCAGUAGCGGCGAAGUCCUCUUCGACUCCUCCGCCGCGAGCUUGGUGUUUGAGGACCAGUAUCUUCGGCUUCGGACGUCGCUGCCGGACUCCCCGAGCUUGUACGGCCUAGGCGAGCACACGGAUCCGUUCAUGCUGAAUAGCACCAACUACACCCGAACCAUCUGGAACCGCGACGCCUACGGUACGCCGCCCGGAACGAAUUUGUACGGCGAUCAUCCGGUGUAUUUCGACCAUCGGAAUGGGGAUGGGACGCAUGGGGUUUUCUUGAUGAACAGUAAUGGCAUGGAUGUGAGGAUCGAUGACUCGAAUGGCCAGUACCUAGAGUACAAUCUCUUAGGUGGCGUGCUGGACUUUUAUUUCAUGGCGGGACCGGGGCCGAAGGAGGUUGCGGCGCAGUAUGCUGAUGUGGUCGGGCAUUCAGCCAUGUUCCCGUAUUGGGGGUUGGGGUUCCAUCAGUGUCGGUAUGGGAUGCAGGACGUCUACGAAGUCGCAGGCGUAGUGUCCAACUACUCCGCCGCAAACAUCCCCCUCGAAACCAUGUGGACCGACAUCGACUACAUGUACCUCCGCCGCGUCUUCACGCUCGACCCGGUCCGCUUCCCCUUGCACAAAGUCCGAGAGCUGGUCGAUUAUCUCCACCAGCAUCAGCAGCAUUAUAUCGUCAUGGUCGAUCCGGCGGUGGCGUAUGUGACGGAAGGGUAUGCGCCGUUUACGAAUGGGGUGGAGGCGGGGGCGUUUUUGAGGGAUGGGGAUGGGGGGAUUUAUAAGGGGGUGGUGUGGCCGGGUGUUACUGAAUUUCCGGACUGGUUCGCGCCUGGGACGCAGGAUUAUUGGACAAGCGAAUUUGCUUCGUUCUUCGAUGCUGAGACAGGGGUUGAUAUUGAUGCUCUUUGGAUCGCGGACAUGCAACCCAAGUGUCAUGCGCAAGUGAAGUUCUCCGUCAGAGCCAAGACCUUUGAGGGAGAGAACAUUCUCGUAAACGGCAACACAGUCACUCUCGGCAAGAACGACAUCUGGAAUGCCCCUGUGCUCAACGCUGACGACUACCCUGUCUGGACUGGCACUAUUGAUAUGCCGGCAAACAAGAAGGUGACCUAUCAAUAUGUACGAUACGAGCCAGACGGGAGCUAUAUCUACGAGGAAGACAACCGCACCCUUACAACUGGCGGAUGCGGUUCUUCCCAGUCAGUCAAGGACAAGAUCACCACGAAGUCGCCUCCUCAUGGAUCCUCCAACGAUAAGCGGGAGUUGAGUGCACCAAAGUCGCUGCCUUUGCAGGCCCGCCAGUCCAGCAGCUCAGGUGACAUGUCCGGCCUCCCAGGCCGCGACCUGAUCAAUCCCCCAUACACGAUCCAGAACGAGGCAGGCUCGAUCAGCAACAAGACCAUCGCCACCGACAUCAUGCACUCCAACGGGCUUGUCGAGUACGACACGCACAAUCUCUACGGCGCCAUGAUGUCCGAAGCAUCCCGCCAGGCCAUGGUCGCCCGACGCCCCACCCUACGGCCCUUGAUCAUUACUCGUUCGACGUUCGCAGGCUCCGGCCGGCAGGUUGGCAAAUGGCUCGGCGACAACAUUGCCGAUUGGGACCACUACCGCUUCUCGAUCGCCGGCAUGAUGAACUUCGCCUCGCUCUUCCAGGUCUCAAUGGUCGGCUCGGACGUCUGCGGUUUCGGCGGCAUCACCAACGCCCAUCUCUGCGCACGCUGGGCGACGCUCGGAGCCUUCUCGCCCUUCUACCGCAACCACCAAGAACUCGGCUCGCCACCGCACGAGUUCUACCGCUACCCUCUCGUCGCAGAAGCAGCGCGUAACGCCAUCGCGAUCCGCUACAAACUCCUCGACUACAUCUACACCGCCAUGUACGACCAAAGCACCACCGGCGUGCCACUCGUGCAACCGAUGUUCUUCCACUACCCCAACGACCCCAAGUGCAACAGCCUGGAGUACCAAUACUUCUGGGGUCCGGGUUUGAUGGUCGCUCCUGUGACCGGCGACAACAGCACGCACGUCUCCAUCUACAUGCCUGAUGAUAUCUUCUACGACUACUACACCCACGAGACCAUUCAAGGCGACGGCAGCAGCAUGAUGCUCCGAGACGUGGAUUACACGACCAUCCCGCUGUACUACAAAGGCGGCACCAUCUUCCCCGAACGCGCCAGCUCCGCCAACACCACCACCGAGUUGCGCAAGCAGAACUUCAACCUCGUCAUUGCGCCAGGAACCGAUGGCUGCGCUUCGGGAUCUCUGUAUCUCGAUGAUGGGGUCUCGAUUGAGCAAGACGGGACGAGUUAUAUUGAGUUCAACUAUAAUCAGGAUGGGAAGUUGAAGAUUACGGGGACGUUCGGGUAUGAGGUUGACGCGAACAUUGAGUCGAUUAUUGUGCUGGGCUCGGGAUCGAAGUCGAACGAUGCUGGGACUGGGGAUGCGAGCAUGGCGUCUACGGCCGCGGGCAACACGAUGAAGUGGGGAUUGCCGUUAACGAAGCCCGUGACGGUUGAUGUUGCGAGCUUUCAAUGA